UACCUCCUCUAAGGCACUGUGGAGAGAGCAUUUCUCCAUCUCACAUCCUAUUGAUCCCCGAUGGGAUGCUCUGUGACAGAGGCAGGGGAUGCCCAGGGGUCCUGUGUGUGCAGCCUUUAACCUUAGACCCCCCUCCUUCCUAGUCUGCAGAUGUGAGCAGGAUGCAGAGGAGCUGAAUGCAUGUUCUUUGCACACACCCCUUCUAAGAACUGGCUCUCCUGCAGCAUCCCCUGUCCCCGGUACCCAAACAGCCCUGGAUGCCUAACCAGCCCCUGGUGCUCUGACAGCCGGAGUGCACCUAUCCUACCUGACUCCCAUGCUGGAGGGCUUUGUCAAUGCAUUCCUGAAGGCUUCAUAAUAUGGAUCUACAUCAUCCAAGCAGGCUUUUAGCAUUGGGACUAUGGCUUCUUCAUCUAGGCAGUACAUACACAAGUGCUGCAGGUAUUGAGGAAAGUGAUCAGCCUCUACAUAUCCACAGACAUCAACAUGGCCUUGUACAAUGUGGUUUGGCCCAGUCUGUGGCCCUCCUUUGUUUUUUCUCUCUACCAUCUACUCAAUCUGUGCAAGCAAAUAAUGUUGUCUUAGAUGCACCACGCAUUAAAUGGAGUAAAAUUCAGCCUGGGCCAGGCAAGGAGACAUCUGUUCUAGUGGCACAAGAGAAUGUGGUAAAAAUAUCUCGAGGUUAUGAAGGGAGAGUGUCUCUGCCAGGAUAUGCCCACAACCGACGCAAUGCCACCUUGGUUCUGUCCAAUGCUCGUGCCAGUGACUCAGGUGUAUACCGUUGUGAAAUUGUCCUGGGAAUUGAAGAUGAGCAGGACACUGUGCCCCUUGAAGUAACUGGUUUGGUGUUUCAUUACCGUGCUGCUAGUAACCGAUAUGCCCUGACGUUCCCUGAUGCUGUACACUCCUGUAAGGACAACUCUGGUGUCAUCGCCUCUCCAGAGCAGCUGCAGGCAGCAUUUGAGGAUGGCAUGGACAAUUGUGAUGCAGGAUGGCUAUCUGAUCGAACCGUGAGAUACCCAAUCAAGACACCCAGGCCUGGUUGCUAUGGAGACAGAAAUAAUGUUCCCGGUGUCAGGACAUAUGGAGAGCGAGAACCGCAGGAAACCUAUGACGUGUACUGUUACACUGAGAGUCCCCUAGGUGAUGUGUAUUAUGUGCCUGAAAGGAACACUCUAGAGGGUGCACGAAACGCAUGCCUGCUUGAUGGAGGGAUGUUGGCCACUGUGGGUCAGCUGUAUGCCGCUUGGAGAAAGGGUUUGGAUCAAUGUGACCCAGGCUGGCUGGCAGACAAUAGUGUUCGCUAUCCAAUACGGAACCCAAGAAAAAACUGUGGUGGUGAGGAACCUGGGGUUCGAACAUUAUAUCAAUAUAGAAAUAGAACAGGAUUUCCUCAUCCUGACAGGAAGUUUGGAGCCUACUGCUACAAAGCUCUUCAAGCAACAGCCCCCACCCCACUGGGGAAUGAGAAACAAGGUCCAGUGUUCUUGCCACAGGAAGACCUCAGGCUGAUAAAACCACAACUUCAAAGUCAAGAGCUUGGACAGAUAAUACAGUUGGAAUUUAAUAAUGCUUUGCCUGUCACGGACAGUGUUAUAUCUACUACAAUACAUGGAUUUAAAAUGGAAGGCAGUGAUCCAGUAACACCCAUAAACUUGGUGGGAAUUGCAAAGGAGAUCAAUGAAUUGUCUUCAAAGCUACUUGUCCCAGCAUCCACUGAAGAGGUUCAACAACAUACAGUGACCCAGAAAACAGUAGAUUCAGAUUUAGCUCAUACUUGGGUUCCAGAGGCCAUAACCACCACUGAUAUUCCAGUCCAAAGGCAAAAAAUCACAAGCAAAAUACAACAGAUAAUGCCAGGUGCAGAUAGGAAAAGGACUAGCCAUUCUGGUGAUCCCAAGAGAGAGGAAGACCGCUGGUCUUUGAAUAUGGUGGACAGGAAAUCCACGCUAAGAGAAAACAGUUGGAGUGCCUUUCUUGAGGAGCCCAUUGCAGAUUCUUCUGAAGAAGUGUUAAAUAUUGGUCAGGAAUCUGAAGAGCACCAGGUAAACAAAAACAUUAAUUCUGUUUCGGAAGAUGAUCACAAUUCUCCUCUGUACACAUGGCUUUUUAAUGAUCGGAACAUAUUAAAUUCUGACAAAAGUAUUAAAGAAUUGGGUAACAACCUGGAGACCUCAACAUCCUAUGAAAACAUCCAGUUUCCAACUAUCCCAGUUCAGCUACAGAGUGAAUUAAGUAUGCUUGUUCCUAUAGAAAAUAAAAAUAGCGCAUUGGAAGUCGGUAGCCAACAAAGCAAACCAGGUUCUCUUGGCAAUCCAGCAAACACAACAGCUUCAAAACAAAAUGUUUUUGCCCAGGAGGAAGCGAGUAUGAAUAUAACUAAAAAACCUUCACUUCAGAAACAUAUUGAACCUUAUAACCUGGUAGGCAAUGGCACUGAACACUCAACAGAACUACACAAAGACAUAGACAGCCAGCAACGUGUGGAAUCUCCAUCUGCUUCCAAUGAUGUGGAGGAUAGUAGGGGAAUAUCACGAAGAUUACUUGGCAAUGAAGGAGCUGAGAAAUCUAAUCGCCUGGAAGAGAUUCACCAAGAAAAUAGCUAUGGUGUAGACCGUGAACAUAAAGCAAUAUCAACACAAUCACCAUCUAAAGACUCCCUCAGCUAUAAAAGAAUAGAAAAUUACAACAUUAAAACAAAAAGAAAACAAAGUUCUGUAACCCCUGAGCCAACCGCAGGCCAACUUAUAUCAGUGGAAAUGCAUCCAUUUGUUACCAAGCUUCCUAAAACUGUGUUGGAGAGAAAAGUUCUCAGUAAUGAAGAUAUGGAUGGGUUCUCGGGUGAUUCCACUGUAAGAAAAGCAGAAGUGUCAAAACCACUGUAUUCAACAAUAGCAGCUCAGCUAUCAGAUGAUUUUUUCUUUCCAACAGUACAAAAUCCAACAUCAGUUCGAGAAACUGAUAUAAGAGUGAAUGAAAGUGAGAGUCUAUAUACAAAUUUUCAGGAAAGGCAAGGCAGAGAGAAAACUUUCUCUGAAAAGUUGGCAUUAUCUUUCAAAGAAAGCAAGGAUCAGUCUCAAGAAAAAGAAUUGAAUACAUUCCAUAAUUUUAGCGUAUCAGUAACAAAGGUUCCUGACAUCUUUAGAGAACAGGAUUCCAAUGUGCUGAAUACACUUCCAUUUUCAAAUCAUGAUAACCAUCUCCAGAGUGAAACAAUGGAGACUCUCCAAAGAAUCUCUCACCCAACUAUUCACACACGUAACCUGCAAGAGGUAGACAAAGAUGUAACUCUGCCAACUCCUUUAUCACCAAAAAGUACAAACUCUACUUCAUUACUUAUACAAAGCGUUGCUACUGACAUAGAAAGUCACGCCUCAGACUUCAAGAAUAAUGUUGAGGUCACAAAAUCUAAUGAAGGCGUGCAUAUAACUGAGAUGGUAACUGAAGAAAACGAAGUUUGGACCACGUCUACGGAAUAUAUUAACUCAAUUCUGGAAACUGACCACACUUCUGUUGCCAAUUCAAUCAAUCUGAGCACUCACUAUGACAUUACUGCGGAAUCUAGUGUGAAAAUUGUGAGCCAAACAUCAAAACCGCAUUUAAAUGUUAACCCGCAUUCAACAUCAACUAUGUUACAUGGGCAGAAAUAUGCUUCAGAAUUUCUAGAUAACCUGGUAACGGAACCAACAAAGCUUUUGAAGGAGUCAAGUACUCUACCUUCAAAGGAUUUUAUGAACAAUAUGAAUCAUGGAGCAGAAGAAAAUAAUUCUAAGAUCAGUUCUUAUUUCUCGUCUACUGUUGACCCCGGGACCAAUUUUCUUCAUUCACUGUUGGAGUCCACAGAAGGCAAUGACUUGGAUGAAACAGUGUCUCUGGAGAAGGGAGGUGAAGUGGGAAGUGGUGGAGAAGACAGUGCUCAGUGGUUGUUUGAAGAUCACAGUGCACAAGGUGAGCCUCAACCAUGCUCUCACAGCCCUUGCCUACACAUGGGGACCUGCCAAUCGAAUGGGAGUACAUAUAGCUGUAUCUGUCACAAAGGUUACACUGGAGAGAAUUGUGAAAUUGAUAUUGAUGAGUGCUUGUCCAACCCCUGUCAGAAUGGAGGGACCUGCAUUGAUGAAAUAAACUCCUUCCUUUGCCUGUGUUUACCAAGUUAUGGAGGAAGUACAUGUGGAAAAGAUACAGAGGGCUGUGAUCACAAUUGGCACAAGUUCCAGGGUUUCUGUUAUCGUUAUUUUCCCCAACGACGGCCAUGGGAAGAGGCUGAAAGAGACUGUCGAAGAAGAUCUGGACACCUGACAAGCAUCCAUUCUCAAGAGGAGCAAGCCUUUAUCAAUAGUUUUGGUCGUGAGAACACCUGGAUUGGUCUCAAUGACAAGACAGUAGAACAGGAUUUCCAGUGGACAGAUAAUUCAGCCCUGCAACACGAGAGUUGGCGGGACCAUCAGCCUGAUAAUUUUUUUGCUGGAGGUGAAGACUGUGUGGUCAUGGUUUCCCAUGAGGAUGGAAAGUGGAAUGAUGUCCCGUGUAAUUAUAACCUGCCCUACAUCUGCAAGAAAGGAACUGUGCUUUGCAAUUCACCUCCUACGGUGAGAAAUGCUCAUAUCAUUGGCAAAAAGAAAGAGAAAUACAGCAUCCAUUCCACCGUGCGCUACCAGUGCCAAGAUGGCUUCAUACAGCGACACAUACCAACUGUUCGAUGUCACAAGAAUGGAAGAUGGGAUAAGCCUAGGAUCAUGUGUGUUAAACCAAGAAGACAUCACAGGACACGAAGACAUCAUCACCAGCACAGACACCAUCAGCACAAUCAACACCACAACCGUCACCACCAUAAUAAUAAUAACCACCACCAUCAUCAUCAUCACCAGCACAAAUCCCACCGUGAGAGGAGAAAAGAGGACCACCACCCCCACCGAAGAGCUAAGGACACCUAUUAUUAAUGAGCAUCUAAUUAUUGUCCUGUGCAUUCCAUCUUCUGCCGAGAAACCUAUUUUGUGUUGGAAGCAACCAACAUGAUGCAGGAGAAGACUUCUCAAAUCCAGAACCAAUUAGUAUUAGAUGUUUGCAAGAACAUUUCCAAUAUGGCGGUGCUGAAACAGUACCAGAUUGAAUACAGAUCUCAUUUCUUUUAUAAGUAAAUCUGGUGUUUCUAUUUGUGCGCGACUUACUGAGCACCAUUAUUCUAUAGCCAAAUGACGGUACAAAAAAUAGAUACCAAACUCUGAAGAUCAUUAAACACCAUGCAGUUUUAUUUAGGAUAUGUGUUACUUGUUAUAUCGCCACCUAAUUAGAAUCAACAUCACAACAUCUUGGCUUACAGAGACAUCUUAUAGCCUAACAAGAUUUCCUAACAAGAAGAUAAAGCUAUCAGAUUGUUGAAGAAUGGUCUUCUAAGUCAAAAAGUUCAAACGUGACCUGUCAAUAUCCAUGUGACCAGGAACACAAAAUAAUCUAUUCAUGGGGCCAGCCUAAAUUUCGAUAUUAAGAAGAUAUUAACACCUAAAAUGUGUAAAACAGCACAAAGCACAUCAAUGAUUCAGAGAUUGAAACGUCAUAGUAGAUUUGGUCACUUCUUACUUUUUGAACCAUACAAGGAUUCCUUAAUAUCAUUGUUCUCUUAGUCAAUGGCUUUCAUUAUGGCAUGGUUUCAGUGUUUAUAAGUGUUAUAUGGCCCAGUGUCUUAAGAAUAUUAACGUAGCUGAAUAUUUUCCAGAAGAAAUCGUCAGCAGCUAUUGCGAUGUGGUUGUUUUUUAACUUUUAUUACGUUAUCUGCAUAAAAAGCAUAAACAUCUUAUACCAUAGUUCCUAUAGAGCCACCCACAAUUUUGACUUAAAGCAUUACUGUCAUUAAUAUACAAAAACAUUUGACAUGUUGUCUGUAUUUCACCUGGUUUCAGUCCUGAGACCGAUAGCAAUUGUAUAGAGGUAUAACUUGGUGAAGUGCUCUGCCACCAGAUCUGACUAAUAGAUUCUACUAUAUACUCCAUAAUAGAAAGCAUCAGUCAGAUCUGGCGGCUGGCUGCUCUUUACCUGGUUAUAACUAAAGAUCACAGUUGCUCUCAGGACUUAGACCUGGUGACAUGUAAACUUUAAACAUGUAUGUCCUUCUGUUUUCUUUUUGUAUCAGUUACAACAAGAUUUCCCAACAUGACCAUUAGAAAUGCUUUUUAUUUCCCCAAUACAUGAUCUGACUCUGUUCUAGUUCUACCACUGGCCCAUUGAUUUGGGCAAUGUAAGGGCAGAAUUUACUUACAUACAUCAAUUACAGCUUAAGUUAUUUCCGUUAAUGGAAAUAUUUGUACCACGGAGGUGUUCCUUUUUUAUUCCGGGGACAUUAAAUCAUUGUGUUGUUGAAAAAGAAUACCUGCCCCAAUAUAGAGCAGAAGUCCAUUGUUGCCAGUUCCAAUGCUAGACUAUUAACUAUGCCCUGCUCUGCCAGCAUCAUCAUGUAAUAUAGUCUAGGUUUCUGAAGGGUAUGAUAGAGGGAUGGAAAGGGUGGGAAAUGGUGGGGGGGGGGGGGUGGCUCUGUCUUUUGUAUUAUUACUGUUUGCUUACAAAUGAAAUGUAGUGCCGUUUUGUGGUAGGAAUAUUAUCUCCUAGUUCUUGCUGGGUCUCUUUGCUUAAUCUUUGUUAUUUGAGAAGUAUGGGUAUGAGUGGGUAACAUGAAUGCAUUUAUAUAUCUUUUGUGUACAUGUAAAAUAUCACCCAAUGGUCUUGUGCACUCCACAUUUCCCUAUAUUCUCUCUUCUUGCUUGGCAAUAAAGAGGAAAAAGAUAAAAACUAUCACAAUUGGCCACCUUUUUAAUGGUCUCUUUUAUGGAAUAAUAGCACAGUCCAUGCUGCCUAAUCACAGAGGAGAGAAUAAUGGAGGAAACAUAGUAGUGUAUAAGUACCCUAGCUCUCACUUUAUAUAUUUCAUCUAUUUACCAGCUACAGUUGUGUUGCAUUGAAUAAGAUCAUUGAUAGAGAUAAGUAUCAACGUCGUAAUCUUAUUGACAUUUAUGAUUAUUUUAGGUUACAAAGAGUUACAACGUUUGAGAAGUAAAAGGAGUCAUGUAUUUAAAUUCUUAUUACAUUACAUUCUUUAUACAAUCUACAUUACAGAAAAUGAUCAUGUGACUUCCCAGAAUUCUUUGAUUAAAAGCUGAACAACUCAAAAGUC